GACUGAUUGUCACAUCACUUCAAGACACCGCGCACACACUUGCCGCACAAUCCCACUCACACACAACCGCGCCCCACGCGGCCACAACCACUCACAGACCUCUCUAUCGCAGGGAGCUUGGGCCAGAGCACAAGCUAACCAGCACACACCCACCCAAGACCUUUCAACGGCAUGUCCUAUCAGACUGCGAGUGAUCAGACAAGCGGUAGUGUUCAAACUGUUCCAACGAGCAGCUCUUCAGUCAGCCAACACGCGCAGCAGCAUCAGAAGCAGCAGCAUCAGGAGCAGCAUCACGGCCACGCACUGCGAAACGACCCACACCAGCAGCACCAACAGCACCAACAGCAGCAGCCGCAGGAGCAAGAGACGAUGGCGCCCACGGCCACCGUCAUGAGGAGAAGGAUAGACGAAGGACCUGGCAGCUUGUUCUCUGCACUAGCAGGUGCAAGUGGCAGCCAGGACAGCAACAACAGCGACAACGACUUUUUGCCGUCUUCAUCAGCAACAAAGGCAACACGAGACACAGCACCAGCACAGCGGGCGGAAUCCACGUCGGGUGGAGCCAAGGCAAGGCGGCGACAGAGCCAGCGUACACAGCCAACACAGCCAAGCACAGCCAAGCGACGAGCCGCCUCCACGGGCACGGGCCGCAAGGGCUCAAAACAACAGCAAGCGGCACGGGCAACGACGAAGAAGGGCGGAAAAGCAAAGGCAGAUCCCCUCAAACAAACGGACAUCCGACAGCACUUUGGUGUUCGCCUCACUCGCCGCAUCUCAGAGACUGCUAAGAAGGAGCAACAACUGCAGGAGAUCCAGAACAUGAUUCGAGAGGAGCGAGACAGCCCGCAUCUGGACAUUGUGGAUAUUGAGGGCAAGGGCAAGGGUGUGCUGGCAAGGCGCACGUUUGAGAAGGGCGAGUAUGUGUGCGAGUACGCGGGUGACUUGAUUACAAAGCCGGAGGCGGCUGAGCGGGAACAGCGGUAUCUCACAGAGGCGAGGGAGCAACACCUCGACGAGAUGAUGUGCUACAUGUACUUUCUUCGCCACAGGGGCAAAGUCUGGUGUGUGGAUGCAACGCACAGCAAGCGCAUUGGCCGUCUCAUCAACCACAGCCGUAGUAGCUUCAAUCUCCGCACAAAACUCUUUGAGGUUGACGGAACACCGCACCUCGGUCUGGUUGCCACCAGGGAGAUCAGCAAAGGAGAGGAGUUGCUGUACGACUACGGCGAGCGGGAUCCAAGCACGCUCCGGGCCAUGCCCUGGCUCAAGUCAUGACACGACACCCACGUGGUGGCGUGAAGACACAACAUAAACGUGCCACGUUUUGCGUUACUCGUGUAAGCAACUGAGGCAAGCAGCCCUCUCGUGGGCGAAUGUCGUGAUGAUGGUGAUCGUGCUCAGGGUGAUGGUGAUGGUGACAGUGAUGAUGAGCGAGUACUGUUACAAGCACAUGUUGGUGUGGCAAUAAACGAGCGUUGAGAAA